AUGGCUGCCACGACGGACGUCAAGAACUACAAGUUCAAUCACUCGAUGAUUCGAGUGAAGGACCCCAAGCGCUCGGUCAAGUUCUACGAGACGCUCGGCAUGUCCGUCAUCAAGGAGAUCAAGCAGCCGGAGGCCAAGUUCGACCUCUACUUCCUGGCCUACGACUCUCCCAAGGCCGCCUCCGCGGGCAACAGCACCUUUGACCGCGAGGGCAUCAUCGAGCUCACGCACAACUACGGCACCGAGGACGACGCCGAGUACAAGAUCAACAACGGCAACACGGAACCCCACCGCGGCUUCGGGCACACGUGCAUCAGCGUCGACAACAUCCAGGCCGCGUGCCAGCGCCUCGAGGACGCCGGGUACGCGUUCAAGAAGAAGCUGACCGACGGCAGGAUGCGCCACAUUGCGUUCGUUCUGGACCCGGAUGAGUACUGGGUUGAGAUUAUCGGACAGAAGCCGAUUGAGGAGACGGAGAGCAUCAAGACGACCGAUGUCACUACCUACAGAAUGAACCACACCAUGCUCCGCGUCAAGGAUUACGAGAAGUCUCUCAAGUUCUACCAGGAGGUCCUGGGCAUGACUCUGAUCCGCAAGAACGAGGCCAGCGACUUCACGCUCUUCUUCCUGGCCUACGGCGACCUGAAGGAGGGCGAGAGCCAGGCGCAGCGCGAGGGUAUCCUCGAGCUCACCUGGAACCACGGCACCGAGAAGGACGAGAGCUUCAGCUACCACAACGGCAACGACCAGCCUCAGGGCUUCGGCCACAUCUGCGUCACUGUCGACAACAUCGAUGCCGCCUGCGCCCGCUUCGAGGACUUGAAGUGCAACUGGAAGAAGCGUCUCACCGACGGCCGCAUGAAGAACGUCGCUUUCCUGCUUGACCCCGACAACUACUGGGUCGAGGUUGUGCAGAAUGAGAGGUUCGCUGGCAAGGAGAACUUCUAA